AGGUAGUUGUAGGGCAUGAUGGAGAAGGAUAUGGGGCUGGAAUGUACCUCAAGAUGAUAACAAUCAAGGAAUCAGAGGACUCAGAUAAAGAGUGGAUCUUUCCAUGUUGGAACUGGCUUGAUACUCAUCUGGGAAUAUGUGAGACUGUUUGUGAGAUUAUAACAAUAGGUAAAAGAUUGAUUUCUAGUCCUAAACUGCCUCAAAUCAACAUGCAGUCCUCAGGUCUGUGGAUAAUGGACAUCAUUGGAUCUGACGUCAACACUGAAAUGGAUCCAAUACACCUUUCUUUCAUCUUUUAUGGAGACCUGAAUCACAAAGAGUUGGCACUUCAAAUUACAGGAAAAGCAACUCAAAUCAAAGAUGAACUGGCAGACAUUGGCUCAAUCUACAAGAUUCAGAUAACUGGCCCACACACCAAGUCAAAUCAGCCUUGGCACUUAGACUUACUGCAUAUGAAGCACACAGGCACAAACCAGGAGAUGUGGUUAGCUUUCAACUGCUCAUUCAAAUGUAAUGAAGACAAAUGUGUGGAACUGCCAGCUCUCUAUGCGGACCAGGAUCCUUUGCCUGUUGUGGAAUAUUCCAUUCAUGUGCACACUGGAGACAUAAAGAAAGCAGAUACCAGUGGAGAGGCUUAUCUUUGUAUUCAAGGAGCGAGAGGUGACUCUGGGAAAAGAUGGCUUAAUAAUUCAAGAAGUGGACCCAUCACUUUUGCCAGAGGCCAGGUGGAUGUUUUCAGAAUCAAAGCAGUUCACCUUGGCAAACUGAACCAAGUUCUUGUUGGAUUUAAAAGUUUUAAAAAAGAUGACUGGUUCUUGGAAAAAAUUGUUAUAAAAGAAGAAAGUUACCCUUUUGCCACUCACAUCUUUGCUCACAAUGACUGGAUCAGCAAACACUCAAAGAAAGCUUUUACAGAACUAGUAAUUCCAUUGAAAGAAAUGACCGAGACAUCUGAUCCAGUAAAAUACUUUGAUACUAAAAGCAGAGGACGAUGGCAAAUGUGGGUGUACUGUACACACAUACCAGAAAAAGUUCCUGAUAUCCAAGUUGUUGUGUUUGGAACAAAAGGGAAAUCUGCUGCACAGAAGGUUCAGAAUCUGAAAAAUGACUCUUUUUUGCUGACUGUUGAUGAUAUUGGUGAUGUAACAAAAGUUUCCUUCGUGUUAUCUGGCCCACGGUUAGGAAGAGGAAUUAAACUUCACAAGCUUCGUCUGAAAGAUCUGGACACUAAGCAAGAGCUGGGCUUUUACAGUGCAGACCAGUGGCUCUUUAAAGAAGAUGGGUCAGAGACCGUGACAGAGCUAGCAGCAGUCAGACCAGAUAAGGCACCGCUCAGGGAAGUUCUUUACUCAGUCAGUGUUCACACAGGAACAUUACCUGCAUCAGGAACUGAUUCAGAUGUCUUUAUUACAAUAUUUGGAGAGAAUGGAGACUCCUGCAAAAGAAAACUUAGGCAUUCUAGGUCACAUGCAAGUUUUGAAAGAGGUCAGGUUAAUAGCUUCAGUGUGAGAGCUGUAGACCUUGGAAUGUUAAUCAAAGUGCUAGUUGAACACAAUAAUAUGGGUUAUGGAGCUGGAUGGUACCUGGACCAAAUCACCAUCCAAGAAUCAGGCAAGAGUGACUGCCAAUAUGUAUUCUCAUGCCAGCAAUGGUUAGACAGCGGAGUUGGUGAUGGACGGAUGGAACGAGAUUUGAGACUUCUUGGAAAAGUGAGAAAUGAGAGAUUGGCAGGAAACAUUCAGGGGACUUGGGAUGUCAUUGUUACAACUAGUGAUGCUUCAAGAAUGAGCCCUAAAAUGUCUUUAACUAUUUGUGGUGAAAAAGGUACAAGUAUUCCAGUCUUAUUUCCCAAAGGAUCCCUUAAAAAGGCUGAGAUUUGUCAGACAUCAGUGGAACUAGAUAAGAAAUUCACCUCUAUAUGCAAAGUUCGCUUGGAAAUAGAAGAUGCCAGAAAUGGAGAGAUCUGGCAUUGUCGUGAGGUGAAACUUCAACACAGAAAAACUAAAGAAAUUCUAGUAUUUCCAUUUCUUCGGAACUUUGCAGAUGCUGAAGGAUGCACAGUGGCUGAACUUCCAGUUCUCACAGCUGGUUUUCAUUUUUCCACAGUAAAAGAGUAUGUUCUGUACAUUACUACGGCUGCAUCCUUGGAGUCAGGAACAGAUGCAGAUGUGUAUGUAACUCUACGAGGGCUUUUGGGAGACACGGGAAGAAGAAAAUUGACAAGGAAAGGAGAGGAUCUUUUCACCAAGGGAAAGGUGGAUGUUUUCCGGGUGGAAGCAGUAGAUGUUGGGUCUCUGCAGGAGCUGGUUGUAGAUAAAGGAAAAGGCUCUGACUGGCAGCUGGAGAAGAUGAUUGUGCACGAGCCAACAUUUGCUGGGACAAAGACACUGUUUAUGGCUCAAACAUGGCUAAAAGAUGGGAAAAAAUCUGCCUCAGUAACUCUAAAAGCAACAGAAAUUCAGGAGAGGAGGAACACAGCUGUCUUGCCGUUAAAAAAACAGCAAAUGAAAUCAGAAGGCACAUGGAGAAUUUAUUUCACAAAACUCUGUGAAGAAACAACAGAAGAAUUUGAAAAGUCAGUGAAGAAUAUUUCUAACUUGGUCAUGGUUUUUUAUGGAAGCAAUGGCAAGUCAAACCCAAUUUCCAUGGCAAACAAAGUGCGCCAUCAAGCUGAGGAUCAAGUAACAUCUGAUGUACAUUUCCCAUCUGACUUAGGGAUGCUUUAUAAAGUGAGAUUUGGGCUUCAGAGUUUGGGAAAUAACACAUCCCAGUUGUCUCUUCAUCACUUUAAAAUGCAGAACACAGCAACCCUGGAUACCUUUAGUCUCUCUAUAAAUAAAACACUUUCUUCUUCUCUUAAUGGAGACAGAUGGAUUGAGCUCCCUGUAGAGUGGCCAUUAAAAACAGCACUUUCUGUGAUUACAUAUCAUGUAACAGUGUUUUCCAGCAAUGUUUUGAACAAGAGGAAUGUAGUACUUGUGACUGUGUGUGUGUGUGGAAUCAAUGGUGAUACAGGAGACAGAAUCCUUGGCUGGCCAUUGCAGAAUCCCCAGCAAGGAGAGGACAAAGAGUCAUUUACAGCUCAAAUGGACGCUGUUGACCUGGGAGAACUGCAUAAAGUUGUCCUGUCCAUCAGCAGCAAAACAAACUGCAAACUGGAUGUUAAAACUUUACAUUUGAAGGAAGCACUAAAACAAGAACCUGUCUACAUAUUUGAAGUGAAUGAAGUGUUCUCUCUGGAUGCCCAUGAACCUGAAAUAAGGAGAGAGAUCCCAGUAUCUUUUGUUAGCAGGGAAGGUGUUAAACUAAAAAAUGAAAUAGAUCACACUUUAAAUAAGGAAAAAAGCCCCCUGGAAAGUCUGGUAGAAUACAUAAUUAAAGUAUAUACUGGUGACAAGAAGGGAGCAGGAACUGAUGCCAACGUGCAUGUAAUUUUAUUUGGGGAUGAGGACUCAUCUGAAUUAGUUCAGCUCACUAAACCACUGGAACAUCAAGAUCCUUUUGAAAGAGGAAAGUCUGACAUAUUCAGGAUUAAGACAAAGAGUUUAGGAAGACUGCGUUCAAUUGAAAUUGGCCAUGAUGGGAAAGGAUUUGCAAGUGGCUGGUUUCUGGAAAAAGUGGAAAUCACAGAUUCAUCUACAAAUGAAGUGUAUUGCUUCAACUGCAGCAGGUGGCUUGCUGAGGAUGAAAAUGAUGGACGCACUGUAGUGCAGCUUUAUGCAUAAUUGUUUUCUACGAUUCAUAGUGAAUAUGCUGCUUCUUCAGAUUCAUGCUGAUUUGAUUUAUUUGUAUUUUAUAAUGAUGAAGGUACUGUAAUUAUUAUGGAGAACUGUCAAAACAAUAGAUUUAAAAACAUCAGUGGAGAGUAAACAGGUCUAAUGUGAACAACACAUUGCAAUCCUACUAGGAAUUCUUAACAGUUUUGCACAAUUGAACUGUAAAUAAUUCAGAAAUUUAGAGCUAUACCAUGGUUUUCGGAAUUUGAUAUGUGCAUUCACAGGAUGGGGUAUAUGUAGUAGCAUUUAGGAAAACAAUUUCUGUUUGGUGAUUUGUGUAAGUGUGUUCAUCAUAGUUAAUACUUGCAUAAAAUCUGUUUCAGGAUCAAUAUUUAUUAAAAUUUAUAUUUUCUCAGGAUCACUUUUUAAACAAAACAUACACCUCUUUUAUACCACCAUGCAUUUUGUGUCCCAUUACUGCACCUCCACAAAACUAACCCAUGGAAAAAAUUGUCCUCUUGGCUCUAUCUUCACUGAACAAUUCACACCCAUUAUUUAGUUCUCCCUGUGUGUGCAGGCCUCCCAUUGACAUUUGAUGCAUAAUCUUUUGAAGAAUACUGAUACAGGAACCUUUAGAUCCCAAGGCUCUACCUACUGAGAAACCUACAAGAGAAUUUCCAUCAGCUGCCAUUACGGUAGUAAUAGUCAUUACAUCCUCUUUCUGGUUUUUAACUAAUGUCAAAGAAAAAUCUUAACACCUUCUCUUUCCCACAGUUCUGAAUUGCAACAAGCUCAAAAUAAUAAUAAUAAUAAAUAAUGCAUUUAUGGCUGAAUAUGUUGUUAUUUAUGAACUCACUAUCUGUUUAUUUUGACUUUACCAGUGUUGGUGCUUCUAGUGUUCAUAGAAGAGAUGGGCGUAAAACAAAAUCAUGAAUUGAACACUCCUUGAUCAGAAUACAAACCCAGUUCUAGAUGUGAAUGUUGCAAGGUGCCACUUCCUUUUUGAAGGUUAACCCCAAAUCCUGGAUCUAAACACUCCUAAACUUUGGGUAUGUCUACACUGCAGCUGAGAGCGCACUUCCCAGCAUGUGUAGACAGACAUUCUAGCUCUGCUUGAACUAGUGUAACCCACACACCUCCUGGGUUUGGUGGUCUGUCCCAUCUGGUGGCACUGAGACCACUUAGAGAAAGAGAGAGAAAGAGAUUAAUGAGUUUGCCCUACAGCCGUAGUUAAUAGCCAGUUGGCUUUUAGCUCAUGCACUAAGCUCCAGAGGUCCCUAGCUUGAUCCCGCCUGCUGAUGACCAGAGUCUGUCGAUGUUACACUAGCACACUAAAAAUAGAAGUGUAGUCCAUGGUAGCACAGGCAGUGUCUCAGGCUAGCCACCUGAGUAUGCGGGUGGAUUUGUGCUCAGGCGGCUAGUCCAUGCUACCCUCACCUAUGCUGCUAUUUUUAGCACGCUAGCUCCAGCAGAGCUAGUGCAUGUCUGUCUAGCUGAGCUAGGAAUCAUGAUCCCAGGUGCAGUGUGGACAGAUCCAUUGCGGGGUUUAAAAUCUGUUUUUAUAUCUGAAUUUUAUAGC